CAUAUACGCGCAAGAGUGAGAGAGGGCGAUAAAUGCGUGUGUCUGUCUGUGUGUGUGUGCGUAUUUUUGAAAAAGAAUUCUAAUUUACUCACGUGAAUAGUAACAGGCGCUGGGCUCAUAUUCAUAUUCAUACCAUACCACUGUGACAAUGCCUUCAGCCCAUCCUUAGCUCCAUCACAUUGUGACCAUGUCGUAAGAAAAUAAUGGCCAAAGAAGGCAAAAUUAAUGCUCAAGGCGCAAAAGCACAACCGCUACGUGUUGCCCAACAUGAAUCCGUUCAUACGUUGAACGCAAUCUUGCAACAAUCAGCAUUCGCCUCUGUCAAUUCAAUCUUGAAAGGGAAUUUGCCUCCGUCAUCCGCACGAAAAGGAUGUCAAUAUCUGCAAAGCCUUGCACGCAAGGCAACACUACGACUUGACGUUUCUGUCAAGCGCUCGAUUUGCAAAAGAUGUCAUUCUUUCUUGUUACCUGGCAUCAGUUGCACUAUCCGUGUUCGACCUUCAAAGCCAUGUGAUCUUGUUCUGGUGAGACGAUGUACGAUUUGCGGUACGAGUAGGAGGUUGCCUUGUCCAGCUGUCCAGUCAAAGCGCUUCAAAGCUUUGGCAAGAAGGCACGAAAAACGACAAGCAAAUAUCGAUAGCCGAAAGGUGUCAAAGAAAGUAGAGACUGCCACACAAGGAGCCAUUAUUGUUGAUGAAAACGGUGUUUUGUGUACAGCUGAAGCUGAGUCCGGAAGGCUCAGCCAAAGAGCUCGGCGAAGAGCGGCCCGAAAUAUUAAGAAGGAAGCGAAUGAUUUCCCACAGAUGUCAAGUAGACGAAGGAGGAAGAAAAAGAACCCGAAAGGUCCGCAGACUGGUAGCGCUGCUGAUGUCAGUCUAUUGUCCACCACCACUCAAUCAACUGAGCCAAAGACUUCUUCGGCAUUGCAUUCCAACAAAGUAAAAGGUCCACAGGAACCUUCCAAGGCGCUACCGAAGAAACAACGAGCACGAAAGUUGACCCUUCCACCUUAUCAUGAGCGAGUACAGUCAACCUCCUCCUCUGAGUCACUCUGGAAGCAUGAUAUACCAAAUGAAGCAUCUGAAGCCGAACGUCAAGCUUUGAGCACGCUGAGAGGCGAUCACAUUGUCACUGUAGGCCUAGGCAAGGGAGGCAUCGUAGGCGAUCGAUUGUGAUGUUGUAUAAUAUUGUACCUUUACUUCAAUUCAAGCUGUAGCAUAAUCAAUAUAGAUUU